AUGAUAUCCCCAUCAUGCCCCUUCUGCACGAUCGCAUCCUCCACCCCACCCAUUUCUCCCACCACCGGAGCAGCAGAACCAACACAGCCGAGCACAACGAGUCCAGACACAGCACCAACAGCCCACCUGAUUCUCUCGACAGAGCAUGUCCUCGCCUUUCUGGACAUCAUGCCCCUGACGCGCGGCCACGUGCUCGUCACCCCAAGACGGCACUAUGAGAUGCUGGGCGAUGUGGGCGUUGCUGUUGGGCAGGAGAUGGGGAAAUGGCUUCCUAUCCUGUCAAGGGUUGUCACCCGGACUGUCUUGGGGGAAGAUGCAGAGAAACAUUGGAACGUUGUUCAGAAUAACGGCGCCCGCGCAGCCCAACAAGUCCCGCACGUGCAUUUCCACAUCAUCCCUCGUCCCGCCGCGGAGGGGGCUUGGAAUCCACGACUGAAACCGAGUUUCGCCAUGUUUGGCCGCGGCCAGAGAGACGAUCUCGAUGAUGACGAGGGGGCCAGUCUGGCGAGUGAGAUGAGGGCGGAGCUUGCGCGGGAAGUGCAGCGCGUCUUUGAGGAAGAGGGGGUAGACUUGGGGCUGGAUGAUACGAAGCAGAGAGGGAAGUUGUGA